AUGUCUGCAAAUUGCUUCAUGAACUACGUCUAUGAGAACUUUGCAGCGUGGCUGAUGUACAGCUUACUGAUGAAGGUCCUGCGGGGCACCACGUUGGCGAGGAAGAGCCAGUUUUCAUGGAUCAGUUGGUGGCAGAAUUUCAUGUGCAAAAAAUAUGUGGGAUGGACAACUUUCCGAGCACUCUACGAAGAGUACCUCAUGUGGUUCGAGACUCUGUCUGGAGCACAUAUGGCUGGGCCGGACACAGCUGCUGCCAGUGUGAGUACUUUCCGAAAGGUUGUUAAGAGCUGGAGGAAGUACAUUGGUUAUCGCAAGGAGUCCCAGCAUGCAAGGUGUGCUAGCUGUGCGGAGUUCACCGAACGAAUCAAGAAGUGCCAGUUGCAAAGUGAGCGGGUCGCGGAGUGCUACAUCAUCUGUGAAGCCGACCUUCCGAAGGGGUCCGCCUCGGAGAUCGGCUUGUUGCUUCGGGGCUUGGAUGCGGCAGAAGACAUUCUGUCAAAGCGUUCUGUUCCCCGGCUUCCGGAACACCUUAUCUUGACGGACAACACCUGUCGUGAAGGGAGGAACCAGAAUGUGCUGCAGUUCGAAGGGGUAUUGGUCGCAAAAAAGAAGUUCAAAAGCGUAUCCCAUCUCUAUGGACCCGUCGGACAUACCCACGGGCCGCUAGAUCAACGCUUCUCCAUCGUCACGACUGGACUGGACUUCGUGGACGUCAUCCAGCGCACCGUCACACCUUCAAGAGGAAGGCUGUUGCUGGUGGAGGUAAUGUGGGGCACAUGGGACAUGAAAGUGUAUGUGCAGAAGCUGGGAAUUCAGAUCAGUGGUUUGGAUCUUCCGACGUACGACAAGCGACAAGAACUGCAAUGGUCAGUUGUGGAGCUGGCAAAGGAGGAGUAUGAGCCAUCCCCGGACGACGCUGUCUUGCUGCUGAAGGAAUGGGUCAGUUCUUCAUUAGACGUGGAGCUAAUGCCCUUGUACCGGAACCCUCUGAGCAAAAAGCAGAUUGAUCAGUUUCGGAAGACAGCUAUGGCUGUUGCCAAGCCUCCGUGGGACCUGACAAGGGAGACAAACGCAGAGCAGAAGGAUCCCUACAAGCCAGAUCGGCCUAAGUGGUUCUUUGGUGAUGCUACUGUGUGGGAACAAUUUGCACCAGGCCCAGUUCAGGAAGUCAUCAUCAAAAGCAAUCCCAAGCCAAGGGGUCAGGAGCAUGCUGACAGUGGCAAUGUGUUGGAUGUGCCAGGCCCUGUCCCAGAACACAGGCCCAGCAUGCCCUUUGAUGACAUUGCCAGCCUCGCGGACCAGGCCCGAAGCCAGGCGCCGCCUGAUCGCAGAUGCCAUCUAUGGGAAAAAUUUUCCCCGCCCAGAGUGGGACCGAUGAUUCGGCAGCUUGGGGGCCGAUCGAUAAGGUCGAUAGAUCUGAAGACGUCUUGGAAUUUGGCCGAUCCAGAGAUUCAGCGGCAAUUGCUUCAGGAUGUCAUCUCCCUUCGACCAUAUUGUUUGAUGCUUAGCCCGCCCUGCACCCACCUAUGCAAGAUGAUGUACUCCAACUGGGGUAAAAUGGAACCGGUAUCUCGAGAGAAGUCCUUAGAGCAAGCGAUUCUUUACAUGGACAUCGCUGUCUGGUUAUGCGAACUACAAGUUCAACUCCAAGCAUACUAUGUCCUGGAGCACCCGGCACAAGCCCUAUCGUGGCAGCGAAGAAAUGUGUCUUGCCAUGGAGGGCCGCAGCAAUUCCUGAUGCACCAGUUUCCCAACCAAGAAUCACGUAAUGACUUUGCGGAGUGGCUACGUGCAGAGAUCGAAGAGGACACUGUCCCCCAUGUCAAGAAUGCAGGUGAUCUUCCUGUCGUUGUGCCGGGAGAAGAAGAGUCCGAGACUCCUGCUUACGUCCAUCCCUGCAUGUUCAGCUUCUCAAAAGAUUGCUCGCAGUGCGGGCCUGUGGAGUUACACAAAGCAAGAUCCCUCAUGGAGCAGUUUGUGGUGGAUGGAUUUGUGUCAUCUUCAGAGCCAAUCAUGCUGAAGAAGCCCGUGCCUUUGAGGUCUGCUGCCAAAUCUGACCGACUAACGGGGGCUAAAUUCAUGUGCGUUCGAAACAUCUUGGACCUCGACUCCGGCAUUCGAGCACACAUCAUUGCGGCUGUGAACAAGCACGGAUGGAAAGGAUGUCCAUACAAUGAUGAUUCACUCUCGAGCAAGAAGCUGCUCCCGGGGCAUGCUUUCAAGUCGGCCAAAGUGAACAAGCAGUCAAGCUGGAUCAAAUAUGGUAAAGUGACAGCUGAGAGUGCAGGGUAUGUGUUCCAAUUCACGAAUGCGGUGCACGAAGACACCCCGCUCAAGAUACGUCAGAAAGCCUCAAAGGCAAUCUUGGAACAACGAUCCGAGCAUUGUGCACUUGCUGUGGCUUUGCGAGAUGAAGUGGCCGCACAGAUUCCCAAUGUCGAAGACUUUGUGAACAAGAGGUGGCUGGGUCGCCUGGCCAAGGGCGAUGUGGGCCUAGAAGUGGAACUGGGCACGGCAGUGGGUUUGAAGCAGCUCUUGGAUGAGUUCACAGGCAGCAAGCCCUCCGAGUCCAAAUCCGCAGCCUCCUUCAACCUCGAUCACGCUCAGCAGGCCGUGGACGAGAAAACCUUUGCUUUACUCAUGCAGGAGAUGGAGUUCGAUAUGCAGGCCUUCGCUGUGUAUCUGGCCAAUUCACAGUCACAUGCAUCGGCUGUUGAACACCAGAAAAACAUGUGGGGCAAGAAGCUUUUGGACGAAUCAAGAGCCGCCGCCGAUGCAUAUCUAGAUCAUCACGUGACAGCCUUCGUUUGGGACUCAAACCCCGGUGGAGCCGGGCACGAUCCUGGAAUGCUGGGAAUCACAGCUUACAAGGAGGUGCAAGUGGCACUGGUGAACUACAUCGCGCCGGCCCUCAUAAAAGCUGAGCAUCAGGCUGCAAUGCUCAAGGUCAUGCAGCACUCCCUGGCAGACCUGCAGAAUGUGGCCGUGUUCCUAUCCCCGUUGUUUUCCUACAAAAAGAAUGGGAGGUACAAUGAGGAGAAGGCGGUGCUCCAGCGUGUGUCCAUGACCGGCGCUCAAAUGGACCGGGGAUUCAGCUUGAUCUUCAAUGACAAGCUUGACGAACGUGAUGAUAGGCCAUUGGUAUACCCCGGGCAUCUCCUUAUGUCCCCGUCCACGGACGUUCAGACCAAUGGAAAUGUCUUGUGGAAGAAGUCCUCCCUGUUCCGCCGUUCCCGCACGAAUGAAGCAAGCCAGGUUUCUGGGAAAGACAUGAUCAUGAUGGAGAAUGUGGGCGAGUCAGUGUUACCCGGCUCAACUUCUGUGGAAAUGGCCACCACAGUGAAAGGUGCAAUGAAGUGGGCACAGAUCGGGCACGAUGCCGCCCUGAAGCUUCUCCAAUCCCUCUUGGAUGGGCUCGACUUCCCAGCCAAAAUGGGUCUCGACUUGCUUGACCUCAACCCUCUUGUGGGCAAUUUCCUGUCGGAUUCCAACGGGGUCCCCAAGACCUUGACCGUGCCAGAGCCACUGGUGAAACAGUGGUACCACAACCAAUUCCACGGGAGUGCAUUCCGAAAGGUCAUGGAUUCGAUUGUUGAGAAAUUCGGACCACAGCCAUCAGCAAAGCGCACGAAAGUGGACUUGCAAGCAGUGGACCUCGACAAAGUGACCGGAACAGAAGUCGCAAAGAUGAACUUGCCGAACUUCAAGGUCGCUGCUGGCAUGUCACCACCGGCCCUGAGCUUCCGGAGUGACCAGAAGAUCUUCUUGAUGAACAACAAUCCCGAGGGUAAGAAGGCUACUUUGAGUCGUCAAACACCCAUUAAGCCCUUUUGCGAGGUGACAUUUCCUGAGGGCAGUGUGCUUGUGGGCUUUGGCAAGGGCAAGUGGGCACAGUUGAAGAAAGACGAGGAGCUCAACAAGGCUUCGGACCUGAUGUUCACUAUCACGGCCAUGGACCAGAAGGUUCUGCACGAGAACCAGCUUGUCACAGUCAAGGAUGCAUUGGCUGGCAAAGCAGAACCCAGGGUCCAGUAUCACAAGCUGGAGGACAAGCCAGGUAAGCCUGGUGAAAAGAUUGUCAAGCAGGACCCUGCGAUGGCACAAUGUUCUCUAACCUUGCACUUUGGGGCUUUGGUUGCUGAGCACAGCGUGGUGUUCAAACCCGAGAAAAAUCAGCUGAACAGCACCGAGAAGGUAACACCAGUUCUUGGGGCACUUUACGCAGAACCCGAAUCGUGGAACACAUCAUUGACAUCGGCUGUGUGGGUCGUGGUUCACUCGAUCAAUGGCUUGGGACCCGUGCGUCCUGUCAUCAUCAUCCCCGCAACCUUCGAGCUGGAUGGAAUGAAAGCCGUUGAGUUGAAGAAGGCGUAG